UCGCGCGCGGUCCUGUCCCGGCGCGCCCCCUCAGCCGCACUCUCGCCGCGUGCGCCCCGCGUGCUCCGCACAGACGCGACUCCGCGGCUCCGAGCCUCCGACACUCGCUCCCAACCGAGAUUACCUUUGUUCCGAGUACUUCUCGAGAGACUCCCGCGUUUUAAACUUUAGACUGUUAGCUUCUCACUUCUCAGCGAAGGCGGUGGACACCGGCGGUCAGGGAGCGAAUAAUAUGUAAUACGUCACCGCUCAGUGGCGUUUAUAGACAGUAGAAACACUUAGUGUGAGUGAAUCGGUGUCAGAAGCGAACGAAAAUGGGCAAGAAGAACUCAAAACUAAAGCAGGACACGAUCGACAGACUCACGACGGCUACGUACUUUACUGAAAAGGAAAUAAGGCUUUGGCACAAAGGGUUCCUGAAGGACUGUCCAAACGGCCUGCUCACUGAGCAAGGCUUCAUAAAGAUCUACAAACAGUUCUUCCCACAAGGUGACCCCAGCAAGUUUGCGUCACUAGUCUUUCGAGUGUUCGACGAAAACAAUGACGGGUCGAUUGAGUUUGAAGAGUUUAUACGAGCGUUAUCGGUGACGUCAAGGGGAAAUCUCGACGAAAAGUUACAUUGGGCUUUCCGCUUAUACGACGUGGAUAACGACGGCUACAUCACCCGAGACGAAAUGUACAACAUAGUAGACGCAAUCUACCAGAUGGUGGGACAAACCCCGCAGCCGGAGGACGAGAAUACUCCACAAAAGCGCGUAGACAAGAUCUUCGACCAGAUGGACAAGAAUCAUGACGACAGGCUGACGCUGGAAGAGUUCCGCGAAGGUAGCAAGGCGGACCCGCGCAUUGUUCAGGCCCUCUCGCUUGGGGGCGAUUAAUCUACGGUCAUCCUCUCGCCGGACUUCACAUUCACUUAGAGAGCUACUGUGGGGUGUCGCUGCGUGUGGUGCUGUCUUUACUAAGGCGUACACUACCUCCUAAUUUCCUGACUUCAUAUAGUAUGGUACAAAAAAUUAUGAAUAUUCUAAAACGUGCGAACUAACCGUUUAAACGGCCAUCUAAGCGAUUAAUAUUUCAGCUAUGGCCAAUAUGAAUUUCGAUUACUUACAAUAAAUUUCUUUCCUAAUAUUUAGUUGUGUACUCGUAUUUUAAUAGACACUUUGUAUUUACACCUACAAUUCGUAUUAUAAUUUAAUAUUUUUAUAAUUUACUUACCUACUGACUUGACAAACCCUGUCUUAAUGUAUAUAACUCUAUAGUGGAUAAAAUCAUUGCAAACGUUGAUACAAAUGGACUUAAGUUUACGAUGACUUCUGACACUUUGAUUUAAAUCCACCUUAGCUUAUAAAGUUGUUCUAAUUAUGUCACUACCGUCGCAGCUUCAAAAUUUAUCUACUUACCUACUUAACGGUUUGUUUCCAAAUAUGAAGUUGUACAACCACACACAGGUCUUAGAUCGAAUACUAUAGCCGUCACAUACAUACAGGGUGUUAGUGACAUCGUAACGAAAACUUUGAGGGAUGAUUGAGACCAUGAUUAUGAGAUGAUAUCAAGUGGAAUUUUCCGUCGCAAAAUUAUGGAACAGAAAAUAACUUAAAAAAAAACAAAAAUUUUCAUGAAUUUUCCGACUGAAAAUUCCACUUGAUUUCAACUCAGAAUCAUGGUCUAAAUGAUCCCCCUCAGUAUUCGUUACGGUGUCACUAACACCCAUACCUACUUGUAUGGCUACAGUAUGUACUCGUGCGGGGUGUAAGUGACAUCGUAACGAAUACUGAGGGGGAUGAUUCAGCUGAUUAUUCUGAGUUAAUAUCAAGUGCAAUUUUUCAUCGCAAAAGUAUAGAAUUGAAAAUAAUUUAACUUAAUAUUAACUCAGAAUCAUGGUCUGAAUCAACCCCCUCAGUAUUCGUUACGAUGUCACUAACACCCAGUAUAUCACCCUCAUGUUAUGUAGCUAGGUAAAGGUCGUGUACGCUCUUCAUGUUGUUUUAUGGCGACGUGAUUCUUUAGAACUUACUUAUCAUUUGAUAGGUAUUCUUGUUUGCAAGCUCAGUGAUGACGUGCUGUCGGUCAACUCCAGAACAAAAAAAAACAUUCACGGCCUUCAUAGCCGUGUUUUGAUGUUGGCAUCUUACUAAUUCCAUAUUUGACAUAAUUAUAAUAUUUCUAAUAUAUUACAUAACAUACGUACAAGUACCUUCAUUCUAACGGAUCAGCGUGUUUGCGUAGUUUAAUGUUUAACCCUAUAUAAGUAUAUUAAUGUUAAUUUAAGGAAUGUAAUUUUUAAAUGUCUGCUUUGUAGCGUUAGAUCAUGAAGAUUAAAUGUAAUUGUUGGAUGUUAUAAAAAAUAUAUUUUGUACCUAUAUAAAAGCGCCACCCGCAGCGAGUUUGACAUGGAUUUAAGAAUUAAGUAAUAUUUGCCAAUAUGAACACCGGUAGAAGAGCGAGGCUUUUUACUUUGGUUCGUCAAAUCUUAGUAGACACAUUUUAAUUAAAAGUAAAAGUCGCCCUCUUGCCCCUUUUUUUUAAAGUGACUUAUUUCUCAGAUGGCAUUAACUACUUGGCCGGAUGUCCCUGUCCCGCAUACAUCCCGCCAGCAUUCAUUUUCCUCGACAUUUUGAUGUCUCCAACCCCAUUCGAAUGUGCUCCUUAAGUCCUAGAGACAAGUAAGUAAUAAAUAAAAAGUACGGUGGCAAUAUGCCAGACAUCGCGCCGCCAGUCGGGUGGACCCCUUGUUCUAUCUGCACUUCGUAUACACCUAUCUACUUGCCUACCACAUGUUUAAUCGUCCAGAUGUUCCUUCCCCUAUGCUUCUUAGAACCAGUAGCUCUUUAUUACAUUUUCAUAAUCAUCAAGUGACACUUUUUCUCGUGAAAACAUAUACGGCUCUACCACAAAAUGGUGUUUAGCACUAGAUACUGUCAGCUAUGCAAAUUUUCACCCAAUUUCAAAAGAGCACGAUUUAAUUUUGGGGAGUCAUUCUUCUUAAACAGUGAUUUUUCAGAACAUAGUAUUGUGGUAGAGCCGCUAUUGUUUAACAAUAAUAGUAGUCACGGAAUUAAUUUAAUUAAAUAUACUUAAUACGUAGGUACUUAAGUAAAAUAUCCUCGCCAUCCAUUUCGUGUUGGCAAAUUUAAAUGACGCUCUUUAAGAAGUAAAGACGUGAAUACCUACUUGUGGUACUGGGCCUGCUUAUUCUGGCUUGAGACUCAAGAAUAGGUUCGAUGUGAAUGAGUUGAGCUUUGUUUCACUCCGCCUCGUGCUUAAUCCGACGACGAGCUAUAUCCGUGCGAGAGAAUGAUCAUGGACUCUUCGUCCCACGUUUGUAAAAACUCUUUUUGUAAUUUAUAUUACUCGUAUUGUUUAUCUAAGUUUCCAUGUCUUUUAAAUAAGUAGAUUAUAUAUUCUCAAACUUGUAAUUAUUUGAGUUAAUUUGUAAGAUGUUAUAAGGGUCUGUUUAUUCACAUGUUAGACGAAACGAGCAUUACGAAUGAACAAGCACUUGUAUUUGAGCAGCGUCUCGUCGGGCGACACGAGGUGUGCGUCAAGCUAGCGGCCUCAAAAAAAAAUGGGCACGAAAAAAUAAUUUGACCAUACCAAAAAAUAGUACUCUUAUUGAAAAAAAUAGUACCUGUUGUAAAAAAAAUAGUACCAUCACGGUUCUGGAUUUAUAGCCAUGUUUUAUUGCACUUGCUAGCUUGACGGUGAGCGAAAUUUGGCGAGAGUUAACGACAAAGUCUUUCGCUUUGAUUUAAACGCCAAAAAAUAGUACCGAAAUAGUACUCACCCCCUGCAAAAUACCGAAAUGAGUACUUCAACGGUUCCAAAGUUAUAAAGGCAGUUCUUUGAUCCCGCUGGCUUGACGUUUUGAAAAUACCUAUUAUCUGGGGAACGCUUGCAUACUUCAGUAUGUAACUAAUGUCAAUAAACUCGUAUGAAAUAGUACUUCCUACCAUCAUAAUUUUGAUCCGAUUCUAUUUGUAAAAAUAUGUUAAAAAAUCAUCAUAACCUAUGCCAUACAUUUGUUGUUGAUACAGUCACGUAGACAAUUACAUAACCUCACAAUUUAUUCGUAAGUAUUGACAUCGCCAGCAUUGCCAUUUUGGAGGUCUAACCUACCAUUUCUUUGCACUUCAGAGUGUUGCUAUUACAAAAAAAUUGCUAUUCCAUACACCCAUAUGCAAUAAUUUUAAUAGAAAAUGGCUGCAUGGGUCUAGUUCUUAUUGAAAACAAUCUGUGAUUUUAAUACAUCAUAAUACAUUUUUAAUCUACUGUUUUAUUUUAUAAUUUAUACCUUCAUGGUCAAUUUGUUACGGAUCGAAGUGUUUGUUAAUAAACAAUUUGCAGUAUUUGUAGAAUAACUCAAAGAGUUUCAACAAUGAUAUUACUUUCAUCUGACAACCCUGGCACUUCACCAAUUUUUACCCAAAAAUGGGGAAAAAAUACUAAAAUCUGACAACAUUCUUCUUGAGCAUGUGUAAUAAUUUUGUUCGCGACGGUACCUGUCUUGAUAAAUGUAUGACAUAGGUUAUAAUGACUUUUUGACAUAUUUCUACAAAGAGAAUCAGGUCCAAAUUAUGAUGGUAGGGAGUACUAUUUCAUACGAGUUUAUUGACAUUAGUUACAAACUGAAGUAUGCAAGCGUUCCCUAGAUAAUAGGUAUUUUCAAAACGUCAAGCCAGCGGGAUCAAAGAACUGCCUUUAUAACUUUGGAACCGUUGAAGUACUCAUUUCGGUAUUUUGCAGGGGGUGAGUACUAUUUCGGUACUAUUUUUUGGCGUUUAAAUCAAAGCGAAAGACCUUGUCGUUAACUCUCGCCAAAUUUCGCUCACCGUCAAGCUAGCAAGUGCAAUAAAACAUGGCUAUAAAUCCAGAACCGUGAUGGUACUAUUUUUUUUACAACAGGUACUAUUUUUUUCAAUAAGAGUACUAUUUUUUGGUAUGGUCAAAUUAUUUUUUCGUGACCAUUUUUUUUUUGAGGCCGCUAGCUUGACGCACACGACACGAGAGCAACAUCCCGACGACGACGCCUGGUGUCCGUGCGUGCCUCUGCCCCUCCGGCGGGGUCUCACGCUCACCUGCCCCCUGUUCCACCAAAUAUAUUAUAAUAUACAUCAACUAAUAACUAUAGCUUCGUGUUCAGAGCACUUUUCCUACGAUAACCGCCUUACCAAUAAAAAUUAACAAGAGGUGAACGUAACGUGUGUAUAAAUAUAAGACAGUCAAAUUAAAUUUAAUUCAAAUAUCAAAUAAUGAGGGACUUUCCAGACUCCGUUCUCCAAAAAUAAUAUAGGUGGCGCUGUCAAGAUUUAACGUCAUAAUUACCUAUUUUCUCAUUACUCCUUUUUAUUACAUUAAACGUACAAUGUAAUGGCAGAAGCAUACUUAAUGUUGUUCUCUUUUUUGAUCAGAACAAUAAUGGGUGGAAGAUGUUAUUGUGCCUGGGUGUAAUAAAAAGGGUCAUUCAUAACCAACAUCACAGAUCAUUUAUACCCAAAAACAAAGAUAAAAGGUACCUAAGUAUGUCUGUUAGUUGUCAAUGACAUUUAGAAGGUUAAACAAAGGAAAAUCUUUACAGCCCCAACUAAAGCAAAUAUAAAUUGUUACUGGCAAUAAAUUUAUUUUAUUCUUAUUCUUAUUCUAUAUUGUUUUUGAGGAACAUAGCCUGGAAAGUCCCUCACUGGACUGAAUUUCGCCUGGCCAUCAAAUACUUCACACACAUUUACCGCUUGUUUACGUUAUAUUGGUAAAGCGGUUAGUUUAUAAACUUUUCUUGAAACAUCACGUUACAUUACAAUGUUAUUGUUAUUGUUGAUAAAUAAUUAGGUUUUUAAGUGUUGCGCCCCAUUUAAAGUUAAAUUUGCAUUUUGGGAUAAUAUAAAAUUUUUGGCAAACAUGCGUUUUGGGUUUUUACAGCCCUAUAGGUAUUAAAUUUUUUCUCCUAGAAACGCGUGCUAUGUGACAGCCGACGUAAAUUAUAAGUAAUCUAAUCAUAAACGUCUACAAUUUGAGACGCCACAUUAUAAUCAAAACUUAUGAAAAUUGUAAUUUAAACUUUUAGGUAAGGAAGGACGUUGAUUCAUAAAACAAUGAUUUUAUUUUGGAUAGUACCUAACUUGAAAAGCAAUUUGGUAGUGAUAACGGUAUUUUCGAGAAGUAUAAUUGAUCGAUGAUAACGAUAAUGAGAUUAUAAUAGCGAUAAGUACCUAGCAAGACUUAUGUGAUCGUGUGUGUGGCGCGCUCCAACGGCGUUCGAAUCUCUUGUCGAGUAUAAACAAAGUGACAAAUAAAUAACUUUAAUUACCUACUACGUACUUUGUUCAUAACAACUUAUCCAUGUAUUAGGAACGUAGUGUGAAGAAGUAGAUAAUACGGUUUAACUUUCGAUAUAGCACGUUUUUCCACGAGGGAGGUAGUCAGUCGCAGCUCUCACUACGUCCCAAGUACUUGCCGUACUGGGCGGCGCACGGGCCGCUCUCCGCUUGCGGUAUCGCUCGCGCCGCGCCCGCACCUGAUCUCGCGCACUUCGCACUUUCAUUCAGAGAGCACACUCUAUUCUUUAUAUUGUCUUUGCCAAAUUUAGUGUACAAACUACUCUUUGACUACUAUAGGUACAUCUUUCUCCAUCCUUUUGGCAAAUUCUGAAUAAAUAUAUUUUGGAAGAUUUUUGGAUAUUUCCGUUAGCGACUCUCAACAUAAUGUAGGUAUGUAGUUUUAACAUUAAGAAUCUUAAUAACUUAUAAGAUCAUAACAGCUUUAUAUAACCAUCUACUUAAAUUGUUAUAUUUUGCUAAAUUUAAAGUAAAGGAGAUUGACAGGGUCCGGUCCAAAUGUUACCCAGAAAAGAGUACUAUGUAGGUACGCAGCAAGAUAAUACCUAAUAUUAGAUUCUAUCUUCCGUGGUUUGCAUUAUAACAAAAAUUAUUAAAAUGCCCAUAUAAAAGUUUUUACCCCGAGUAUUUAUGAUAGAUACAAGUUAAUAGUACCUACCUGGAGAUUAUGAGUUUAUACCCACCCACUAUCUAUUACAUUUACAUGAAUGUUUUGGAGCCAUGUGUAUAAAGUACAAGGAUAAUACGGUACAGAUUCCCCAGUAGAUACUACGGGAUAGUUUAAAAUGUUUAAACGGAAUUUCAUACAAAGAUAACAUUAUGUAGAUACUGCUCUCAAUUCUGGGUAGCGUUUAGAGCAAAUCCCAUACAAAGACUGGCAAUGUCCUUUCAUAUAGUAGGUAGAUAGAGACCUACUUAAGUUACUUGUAACGGAUAUACCUACUACCCAUAUAAACUAACUCAACUAUUUGCUACUUACAAUAUUUCUGCUACUUUUGCGAAGGCGUCUUUAGCUCGGAAUUCGACGAUCGUAGCUUAAUGGUAGUUUCGGAUCGCAAGUCAAUUUGUGUCUUUAAAAGGUAUUAGUAGGCGGUAAGAUGCGUUUUUCAAACGAACUAGAGUAGGGAAAUUGUUGCGGGCUGUGCAUUUGUUAGGUUAAGUAGCUAAUCAUGUGCAUAAGUGCUAUGACUUUGUUGGGCGACGCCAUGACAUGAAACUUGCUUGUUAUCAGCUUUUCGUAAUAAUUUAUUUUCAUACAUAGGUACUACAAUAAUACUUUCGUUUCUAUUUAAGUAGCUUAACAUUAAAAACCUUCGUACAAUCACUUAUUAUCGCAAAUACGUACUACCUAUUUGAUUUGGACCAUGAAGGAAUACCAGCCUGACACUUUGACACCGACUCGCUACCAGCAAGUCCCCGUAAGCCUCUCACCUUCCCCUGUUGUUCUCCCGUAUUACAAUAUUAGGGGCAACAUCAGCUAGGUAUACCUGCGGAUCUAAACUUAGGUACUCAUAUUUGUUAUAACAUUGUGUAUUUAUUCAUUUCAUGUCAUAAGGAAUCAUUUUAUCUAAAUGUGCUAGUACUGUAGUCGUUAAUAGAGUUAAGAACUUCGUAAUAUUUAAAAUAACGCACUCGAAUUAAGUAUAUCGUUCGAUCUCUUGCCUUAUUGCAGCGGUGGGAGUUUGUGGUGUUAGACCCCACGAAUUUUCAAUAUGUAUUUUUACUAAGACAAUCAACGUUCUCAAAGUUAUUGUACCUAUAGAAAGAAAUCAUUUAAUUAGGUACACCUUUGUCGCAUUUUCUGUCCAUUCAAAAUGUUUAAUCUUAUUAACGUUACCAAAAAGUGUACUAUUAAAAAAUCCUAAAUAAGCCCCUCUGCUAAAAAACCGAGUUCAUUUGCUUUUGUUAUAACUUUUAAAAGUCACACUGAAGAUUCCAUGUGAAUAUUACGAAUAAGUUCUACCUAAUAAGGUAUCUUUCAUGAUUAAUUUUUUAAUUAUUUUUAAAUGGGUACCCAAUUUAAAAGUAGUAGCGUUUACUUUAGUUAUCAGGAAAGAACAAAAGCAAAAUUCGUAGGUACCGCUUAUUUUUCUAUCUAUUGUUGAAAUCAAACAUCAUAAGAAUUUUGUUUGGCUUUCGUUGAUUGUCUUUUAUUGUCGUAACCCAUUGGUCAAGUAGUAUUAACAUUGAUUUUGAACUGUCAGCUAUCGUUAUAUAGAAUUUUAAUAAUUACCUACCUAUCUAAAAUAAUAUCUAUGGCUUGUUCAUGUUUCUCUAGAAUAUCUAUCAUUGGUGGCGAACUAAGAAAUCAACCAGAUUACUCAUUAAGUAAUAAAAGGUAUAUUACAUAAAAAAGAAAUCCAUUUUCAAUAUAAUUUACCUACUUAAUGGUGCUAAUUCCUGUAAAUACCAUCUAAUUUUAUUUUAAGUUAUAUCUGUCAUUUUCUUAUCCGCCGAAAAGGAAAGGGACGAGUAAUCGACAAGCAUAAAAUUUAUGGAACACACGUCAAUUUUAAGCACAAAUCUAAACCAACCGUCUAAAAAUUUUACCAUGUCAAUAACCCGACACAGUUAAGUAGACAGCACGUCAAACGGAUUGCAUACCAGCGACGUACCUUUUGAUUCGCGCGGGUUAUUCAAUCAUUUACUCAUUCUUCCUAAAAUUAAGAGCUGUGAAUCAUCCGUCCCUUUCCUUUUCGACGGAUAUGAAAAUGACGGAUAUAACUUAAAAUAAAAUUAGGCGGUGUCUGCAGGAAUCGGGGCCAUUAGGUACCUAAUUUAAACAACAAUUUUGUUUAUAAGUAAUUUGUUUCCACGUAUGUCAACAUAAAUACUUACAUUGUAAUUAUUCAGAAGUAGAUCCAAAACGGAUAAGGGUACUUAACACGCUUUUGCCUUUAUAAUAAGAUUGAACCUUUUAAUUUACUUCCACAUUCGCAGUGCAAGAUUUUUUACAUAAAAUUACAAAUUGUGCCGUUCGCUACCAAAAUCCUUUAAUUUACUAUCUACAUAAAAAUAUCUAUGACUCUCUCUUUCUAUGUAAAUAGUAAUUAUUAUUAUUAUUCGCCUACUUUUCUAGAC